AUGCCCGACCUCGCCCACCUCCGAUACAUCGUCGAGGACUCGAUCGGCAAGCACAUGUACGAGAACGCCGUGUUUCUCGCCGACAAGCUCGUCACGAUGUCCCGCGGCGCGCCGGACGACGUGUAUCUGCUCACGCAGGCCUUCAUGUUCACGAGGCAGCACCGGCGGGCGCUGCACGUGCUGCGGCAGCAUCGGCUGGCGACGUCGUCGCCGCGCUUCACCUACCUGACCGCCAAGUGCCUCGCUGAGUGCCAAGAGUGGGACGAGUGCCUCGCCACCCUCGACGACACG